AUGUUUCUUCCAUUCAGUAGAUAUUUGUUUUCAUUUGUGCUGCUUGUGUUUCUUGUUCGUUUGUGUGAUGGAGGUCCUUGGGUUGUAGAAAAGAAAGUGGAUCUAAGGAUUACCAAUGACUUGGGCAGUGGCUUAGAUCUUAAUCUCCACUGUCAAUCCAAUGAUGAUGACCUUGGCACUCAUGUCCUGGCCCCAGAUCAAUUCUUUGAAUUCCGUUUUCGACCAAACUUUUGGGGGACUACCUUAUACUUCUGCAAGUUCUGGUGGGGAGGAGAAUCCCAUUGGUUUAAUAUAUACGUUGAGAAGAGGAAUACGAGCCGAUGUGAUAGCAAGUGCUGGUGGAUGGUCGGACCAGUUGGUCCUUGUUUGCUGGAUCGUAGAUUUGGAAUAUACGAUCUUUGCGAAAACUGGAAUGACCCUCAGUUUGAGGGUUCACGUAAAAAAGGGACAGAAAACGACGCAGCUAGAGUGUACAAUGACUCCAAAUAUUUGGAGGGCAAUGAGAAAAGAGGGAAAUGA